AUGUCCCUCCAAGGUGCUCCGCAGGGCGAGUAUAUUGUCAUCCUCGAUGCGGGCUCACAGUACGGCAAGGUCAUUGACCGCAAGGUACGUGAACUUCGUGUAGAGACUAAGAUCCUGCCUCUCGACACUCCAGCCGAGAAGCUGUGCAACGAUACAAAGCUGAUGGGUGUCAUCAUCAGCGGUGGCCCCACUUCUGUGAAGGAUGAGACGGCCCUGGCGUAUGACAAAGCGAUCUUUGCCAUGAGGAAGCCGGUCCUCGGCAUCUGUUAUGGUAUGCAGAUGAUGACGGGGUUGUAUGGCGGUGAGGUUUGUCGAGGCAGGGUCCGCGAGGAUGGUCAGGACAGCAUUCAGAUAGACACGUCGUCACCCAUCUUUGCCGGCCUGGACUCAACUGAGACGGUACUCCUCACCCACGGCGACUCCAUCACGGAUACGGGGACCGAGCUGAAGGUUAUUGCGCGUAGCUCCGCUGGCAUCAUCGCCGCUGUUCAGCACCAGUCCCUGCCACUGUUUGGCGUUCAGUUCCAUCCUGAGGUCGGGCUCACGGUGUCGGGCGAGACAAUCUUCAAGAACUUUUUGAAGCUAUGCGGGUGCAAAUUCUCCUUUACGAUGGAGGACCGAGAGGCGGUGGCGCUGCGUCUUAUUCGUGAGCGCACCAGCAAUGGCCAGAAGGUGCUCUGCCUGGCCUCCGGCGGCGUCGACAGCACCGUGUGUGCCAUGCUGCUCCUGAAGGCCCUGGGUCCCGAGCGAGUUGUGUGCAUCCACAUCGACCAUGGCUUCAUGCGACUGCACGAGAGCGCGCAGGUGGUGGAGGCGCUGAACGCCGCAGGGGUGCGCGUGCACCUUGUCAAGGCGCAGGACGACUUUGCAACGGCCUCGACGGUGAUGACCGCAAAGAGGGGUCGUGCGGCGUACACAACCAACAAACUAUGUGAAACCACAGACCCGGAGGAAAAGCGAAACAUUAUUGGCAACACAUUUAUGUCCGUGUGCGACCGAGUUGUCAAGGAGCUGCAGCUGGAUGUGGAGAAUUUACUGCUUGCACAGGGUACCCUUCGUCCAGAUCUCAUCGAGUCUGGCUCUAAGUACGCCAGCGCCAACGCAGAUGCUAUCAAGACGCACCACAACGACACCGCAGUUGUGCGAGUGCUGCGCGACGCCGGCCGCAUCAUCGAGCCUCUCUGUGACUAUCACAAGGAUGAGGUGCGCGAUCUCGGGCUGCGUCUCGGGAUUUCACGCCACCUCAUAGAGCGUCAGCCCUUUCCGGGGCCUGGUCUCGCUAUCCGCACUCUGUGCACUGAUGGGACACCGUUUCGCGACGCAAACUUUGCAGACACGGAGGCGACGGUGAAGCGUCUGUGCAUGGGCGACGACGCAUCCUUCGCUGAGGUCGCCGCCUUCGUGCAGUCGGUCGCACUGUCCGCCUGCAUCCUGCCGGUGCGCACUGUUGGGGUGCAGGGUGACGGACGCACCUACGCCUAUGCCUCCGCCCUCUCUAUGCAGACGUUCCCGACGACCGAGCAGUGGCUCGCACUGAUGCAGCUAGCAAAAGCGAUACCCAAGACGGCGCACGCUGUCAACCGCGUGGUGUUCAUGUUUGGUCCACCGCAGUCCGAGUCGCCAAGCAGCGUCACACGGACGUAUUUGACGACAGACGUACUCGACAAAAUUCGCGUAGCCGAUGACAAGGUGAACGGCAUUCUCAUGAAGCACCAACUCGUGCGCUCGCUGAGCCAGGUGCCCAUCGUCCUAAUCCCCGUCGGCUUCGACAAGGCCGGCUGCUACAGCGUGAUAGUGCGCACGUUCUUGACGAACGACUUCAUGACAGGAAUCCCUGCCACACCGGGUUCCGCCUUCAUGCCGCUGACCGUGCUUGAGGAAAUCGUCAGUGAAUUAGAAAAGCUCGAGUUUGUCUCUCGGGUGAUGUAUGACCUUACCGCCAAGCCUCCCGGCACUACUGAGUGGGAGUAG